CUCGAGCAGCUGGCGAUGCCCCGCCGCCGCCGCUCCGUGCUUCGCCAUCUGCGAGCGCCAGAGCGAGCGGUUCCCAGGUGGUCGCGGCCGUGGAGGUCGAGCUGUCGGCCCGGCCUGCGGGGCCCGCCGCGCCCAUGGGUCAGGCGGAUCCGCCCGCCCAGGGGGCGAGGCUGGAGAUGCAGCAGCCAAUGGUGCCGGCCCCUGGAGGUGGCUGUGGGGAGUGCGGCAGCCCUGCGCCGCCGCAGCUCCUCGUGCACCUAGCGCUGAUGGGCGGCCAGACCAUCAACGGCGUGGCGUCGGUGGUGGCCAAGGUCGGCCUCCCGCAGAUGAACCCCAUCUUCUUCGCCCUUCUCCGCGAGGCGUGUGCGUCGCCGCUGCUGCUGGCGAUGUCCCUCGCGAUCGACGGGCGGCCGGCGCUGUCGCUGCGGGACGUCCUCUUCGUAAACCAGAUCUUCUACACCACCGGGCUGAAGCUGGCGAACCCCGUUAUGGGCGCCGCCUGGCAGCCGUCGCAGCCGAUCUUCGUGCUGUUCAUCGCCGUUCUGCUGAGGUGGGAGGUCUUCUCGUGGGGCAAGCUGGGCGGCGUGCUGUGCGCGCUCGGGGGCGGUCUGCUCAUGACCCUCGGCGGCGCAGAGAACGGCGGCAGCGGCGCUGGGGACUCUGAAGUUGCAGGGAACAUCUUGUUUUUUCUGAACUGCCUCGGCACCGCCACUUUCGUCCUCGCGAUGAGAGCGCUCACCCGCCGCAUGAGGUCGUACACUGCCCUGGCCGUCGUGUACGUCGGCGCGACGGCCGGCAUCGCGUGCGUCGCGCUGGCGGUGAGCGGGAGCGAGAGCAUGCGGAGGUUCUUCUGCCCGGACUGUCAGCAUGGCUUCUGGGAAUUCCCGACGGGUGCCAUCUUCGCGCUCGCGUAUUGGGUGCUCGGCAGCUCAGUUACGGCCUACGCAGCCCUGACGUUCGGCGCCAAGCACGCGCGCGACCCGACGCACUGCCUGGCUUACACGGCGCUGCAGCCUGUGGUGGCGGGCACCGUGGAGGAUCGGGGGCGACGCUGGUGGCGGCGGGCUGGAACGAGACCCACCACGGAAACCAGUCGCUGCAGCUGCCGCAGCCAGCCCAGGUCCUGGGUGCUCUCAUCAUCCUAG